AUGGAGGAGAAGGUGAAAAAAGAAGGCAUCGAAGCUGACGAGGCCAUGAAGGCCCAGUGGCCACUGGGAGAGAGGGAGUUCUUCUGCGAGCGAAGAAACGACGACCUCAGCCCCUUGCUCGGGAAGCUGCGAGACGUGGAGUCUCUCAGCUACUCGAUUCGGAAGAAUGCGGACUCCAAGGAGGAGCUGGAAGCCAGGAUCUCAAAGGCAGAUUCCAAGCUUCAAACGGUUGGCGGUGAUCUGCAGGAGCGGGAGGCGCUGAGCAACAUCCAAGCCAACAAGGCACAGAUCUGGACUUUGGUCAAUCUCGACACGGCAGCCGAAGUUCGCAGCCAGGAGGGGGCUAUCUUGGCCUUCGCGACCAAAGUCGGACUCUACAGCUUCAUCUCAAGCACGGUCCCGGAGGAGAGGGCUAACUUCGAGACAGCACAAAAGGACCUGAUGGAGACCAUGGUGUCCCUGGAGCGUGCUGUGGACGCGCUGGAGAGGGAGGUGAACUUCAAAGUGGAAAGCUUUGAGCUUUGGGUGUUGCUCACCGCCCACUCAAGUUUAGGAGUCCACUUUCGGCUGGUAAACGUGGCAACCAAAUAUGAUUUUGAAGAGGAGUCAGACUUUACAACAUUGCGCGCCGACGCUGACGGCCUGACAGCCUUCAUCCAAAGUGGGGGCGGUGACGAGGUCGACGAGCUCCAGCCGGCAUACGAGAGCAAGAGCGGCAGCAUCGUCGAGAUGCUGGAGGACAUGCAGGACAAAGCCAAGUCCGAGCUGAAUGGGCUGCGGCAAAGGGAGGAGUCGGCCAAGCACAGCUUUGCUAUGAUGCGCCAGUCCCUGGAAGACCAGGUGUCCUUUGCGCAGGAGGAGGUUGGAAAGCUGAAGGCCUCGCAGGCCCAGCUGCGGACCAGCAAGACGACGGCUCAGAAGGACCUGGAGGAAGCAGAAUCCGACCUGCAGGCCGACAAGAAGGAGCUGGACGAUGUGAAGAUGGAGUGUCGCAGAAAAGCGGAGGAUUACAAGAUGGAGAAGAAGGGCCUGGCCGAGGAGCUCGAGGCUCUCGGGAAGGCCAAGGAAGCCCUAGCAGAGAAGACCGGUCUGGAGGCGACCUCUUUCUUCCAGGUUGCGAGUUCCUCGAGGUCUGGCAGUUUUGGUGGAGAUGGUGUCUUGGCAGUUCUCCGCGAAGUUACACGCAGGACGAACUCCAGUAGCCUGGCGCUGCUGUCGCGGCGAGUGCGAACAGUCAUGCGCUCCGACUUGACGUCCAGUGCUGACGCCUUCGGCAAGAUCAAGACGAUGAUAGCGGACAUGAUCGACAGCAUGGAGAAGAAACUCCGAGAGGAAGCCGGCAAGAAGGCGUAUUGCGACGCAGAGAUGAAGAAGGCCGCGUCCAAGCAGGAGGGCAAACAAUCCGAACUCGAAGAUCUGCAGACAAAGAUCGAUGCAGCUACUUCGAAGUCGGCAGCGCUGAAGGAGGAAGUUGCAGACCUUCAGAAAGCGCUGGUGACCAUUGGGGAGUUCCAGGUCAAUACCACUGCCAUGAGACAGAAAGAAAAGGCACAGUUCAAAAAAGCUUUCCCGGAGGUGCAGGAGGGCUUGGACGGCGUGAAGACGGCCCUCAAAGUCCUUCGAGAGUACUACAAGGGAACGCAGGCGGCAACCGAGCGCGGAGGAGCUGCCACCGGCGUCAUGGGGAUGUUGGAGGUCGUGGAGUCCGACUUCGCCAAGAAUCUCGCAGAGAUGCGAGUGGCGGAGGCGACAGCUCAGGAAGACUUCAAGAAGGACAUGCAGGACCUGGAAUUGGAGAAAGCCCGCAAAGAGCAGGAUGUGAAGUACAAAGCCCAGGAUCCGAAGCACGGGGUCGACGGCAUUUGA